CUCUUUUGCUCUCGCUCAGAAAAUGGCGACGAAGAGCAAUGCAUUGCCGUUGGCCGCCUCGCUCGGCAUCCGCGAUGUCGGCACUCCGCGCGGCGAGCACGUGCAGCACACUGCCAUCGCGUACACUUGCACAUGCGGUGCUCGCUUCCAGCUGCCGUGGCUGCACAUGUGCUCCUCGUGCGUGGUCCUGCGCUGCCCGAAAUGCGUUGCGCGCGAGAUUGACACUUACUAUUGCAGCGGCUGCCUCGACAUUGCGCCCUCGCCCGAGGUCCAGACCAACAAGAACCGAUGCACAAAGUGCUUUGUCUGCCCCGUCUGCACGUCCACGCUGACUACCAUCGCAAGCGCAGAUCGCCAGUUCUUUAUGGCCUGCGGAUACUGCCAGUGGAAUUCGGUCGAGCUUGGGCUGAUUGCCGACAAGAUUGAAGGGAUUCGCCGGAGCCAGCUCGACCAAGACCAGGUGGAUCGCUUUGCCGCAUUGUCGGCCCAGUUCCAAACAUUGGCCACCAAGGACCGGGCGGAACUCGAGCGCGCGGAAAAGCACAAUCGCUACCGAAAGCAUCUGCUGCCACUCACCACCCGCGCCCUGGUCGGCGGUGCCUCCCCCAUGAAGGGAAUUGGCUCUCCGUUCACGUCGUCAACGGCCUUGUUUGGGUCUGGAUUGGGUCUCGGCUCACUGUCCAUCGAUGCAGUGGAAUUGCUAGCGCCCGCACAGCGCAACGCGCUCUCGCGUCCAGCCAAUCUCUCGCUUGCAGCAUUGCUCAAAGACACCACGCUCGAUCCCGCACAAUACUGGUUUUCUGGCGAGAAUGGCCAAGGGAGCGUUGCUGAUGUUACGACACUGAAGCAACGCUACACCAAGCCGGAUGUCCAGCCAGAACUCUUGUCCGCGUUGUAUCCCGACCGCCGCCAGCUUUCCGUCAAAACCCGGAAACUUUGCCCGCAGUGCAACAGUCAAAUCGUCAAGCCGGAUAUUUCCACAUCGGCAUCAAAGUUUAAAAUCGAUAUCAUGGCAAUCUCUUACCUGCCACGACUGUCAAUUGUGAGUAUUACGCCGGCACUACGGCGGCCAGGUUUCGUCGACCCACAAGCAGAGCCUGCCGCAGACGGCAGCGCCCCAGCUCCUGUCGAUGGCAAAUCGUCCCUUGUUUUGCGCAUCACCAAUCCGCUAGAUCACGAUGUAACGGUCACCUUGACGCUGGACGAGCUGGUGCCAGCGAGCUCGCUGGGAAUCGAAUUGCCUUCUCGCCCGUUGGUUCUGGGUGCGUUCCACGAAGUUCCGCUCGAUGAUGACGAUCCCGACAAGCCCCGCUAUAACGACGAUCCUGACAUUGUUGUCGCUCGCAAGGACAACUCGUUGUGCGUCCUUGUUCGAUUGACCAUGCCGUCCGGGGUUGAUCUUUCCGAGGCAAUUCUCCCUCUUGUGGUUUCGCUUCAGUUCACCCCUCCGCUCAUCCCUGCGGGCUCCGCAACAAGCAAUGCAAUCGCCUUCCCAGUCUCUAUCUAUCUUGGUCCCGAACUUUUCUAACAAUCGUCUUGUGAAGAUCAUCCGCUGGCUGUAAAGAAUGCAUUCAGAGGCCAUGUAAAGUUGACAUACAGUUAUCUCCAAAAAAAAUUGAACUUUUAACAAG